UAAAGUAACUGAUUACCGGAAAAAUUACUCAAAAAAGUAUUUGAUUACAGGUAACGCAAUUACUAGUAACGCGUUACGUACAAGUCUGGUCGUGGGUGAACCUCAUGUUGUCGCUCCGAACCCCAGAGGACGAAGAAGCGCUAACCACACUCUGAACCCGUGCGAUCUCGUGUCGCGUACUGACCGUGCUCGAACCUUGUUCCUUACUGUGAGCGUCAGGAAACUCUCAUUGUCCAGGUAGCAAUACAAGGAAACCAGGACAAUGCCAGCAGCAGACCACUCAACGGUUAAAGAAGAUGCGCAUCAAGGGGACAUUCGGCAACGAACUUACGGUUUCAUGAAACUGGCCAUCGGUUACAUGACACCGUUCUUUCUUAUGCCCAUCGUUUUUGUGUUUGGAACUAAUCCUGUGAAGUGUCUGUACAUCAUGGCAGUAAUGAUCAUGUUGUGGGUAUUUGAACCAGUUCCCUACCAAAUAACGUCGUUCGUGCCACUGAUCAUGGGCCCGAUGCUCAACCUGACGACGACUAAAUACCUGGCGAGAUUCUACUUUAACGAGCCGAUUGCGAAUUCCAUCGCUGGAUUAACCGUGGCCCUCAUUGCACAAAGCUGCGGCCUCAACCGUCGCAUCUCCUACAACUUGAUCCUUGUGGUUGGUCCACGAGUCAAGUGGCUCAUGCUGUCUUUCAUGUCCAUAGUUUUCUUCUUAUCAAUGUUCAUCAGCAACGUGGCAGUGACCAGCAUUAUGAUGACCGUCGUCGACACCCUUAUCUACGAGAUAUCGCAAAGCAAGCUGCGGAAGCGUAUCAAUGACCUGCUCAAGAAACGAAACAGCCAAACUGAAGAGCUGGACUUCGAUGAAGUCGUUCACAUGGAGUCCGGCAAGAGCAAGCAACUUCGGAAAACGUUCCUCCUGAGCAUCGGCUAUUCAGCAACGCUCGGAGGCAUCUCUUUCGUUACCGGGAACCGUACCAACAUCCAGGUUGUGAACUUCGUUAAUCGGAUAGCACACGAUAAAUGGCUAACGACAAUCUCGUGGAUGCUUUACUGUCUUCCUGUCGGCUUCGUGACCAUGUUACUGGGAUGGGCAUUUUUAUACACUGUCUACCUGAAAGAGUAUGAACACCAAUCCCAGUUGGAUGUCAAGGAGGUCAAAGACGUUGUCCGCGAGAAACUGGAGAACAUGCCCCGAACGCACGCCGAAGUGUUGUCUACGUUUCUGUUUGGCUUAUGUAUCUUGCUAUGGAUUACGAGAAGGCCGGUCUUCGUCGCGGGAUGGUCUGAUCUGUUAGACCUCCAAGAGAACUACGUGACAGACUCUUCCGUCGGAUUUCUGAUAGCAUUCAUAGCUUUCAUGAUUCCUGUAAAGAGCUUCAACUUUUCCCUGGAGCAUCGGCUCAUGGAGUGGAAGUUCAUACAGCGGAACAUGCCGUGGGCCAUCAUCUUCAUCAUCGGCGGCGGCUCCACGCUUACCGAGGUCAUCAAGAAAAGUACGCUCUUCGACAAAAGUAUGGAAUACGUGAAGGACGCCAACGUCGGAUUGACUCCCGGACUUCUCCUAGGCGUUCUUGCAAGUUCCUUCAUCACCGAGUUCACCAAUGCCGAAAACACCGUCUAUAGCAUACUGAACUACGCGGACACCAAGCAACGACAAAGGCCCAGCAAUCCCUUGUUCUACGCGUUGCCCAUGGGUCUUGCCAACAAUUUCGCAUUUAUCUUGCCGUCUUCAGAGGCCUGGAACGCCAUCGUGUUCGAAAUUGGUGGCCUCUCGGUAAUUGACAUGAUAGUACCUGGUCUCUUCAUGAAGACGGUCGCCCUCCUGUUGAGCAUGCUAUCAUUUUACACGACGGGCAAACUACUGUUUCAUAUAACGGACAACCUAAAUGAUUCCAACCACUCCAUGCCGUACGCCUAUACCCCAUCAAGCGUAAGAAAUAAAUUUGCUCAGAAUUAUGCGUGGCGUAGUCUCCUUUCCAAGUGUUGUAUAGUACUCUUGACAUCACAAGCAUGCGCCGGGAUGAGAUGUACCGUUUCGUUCCUGUCCUGGAAGUUUCCCGAAGAUGACUCGUGGCAAUAUUAUUGGCUAUUGCUCUACAACACCUGCAGGUCCGUCUACGUGGACAAUAUCAACCAGAGAUGA